AUGUGCACAGUUGGUGCCUUGGUGCAAGAGCUCUCCUCUGCCAGGGCUGCUCUGCAGGAAAAACAGAAGGAGGUUGGCCUGUUGCGGCGCCAGGUCGAAGAGGUGGAAAAAUCUAAGCAGGACAUGGCUAGAGAGUAUGAACAACAGCUGAAGACGUUCCAAGAGGAGUUGUCCCGGCUGAGGAGGAGCUAUGAGAAGCUGCAGAAGAAAAAAGCAAGAGGAGGCAGAGGAGAUGCUAACAAGGGACAAGAAGGAGAUGAGUUUGAAUUGAGCAGACUGACCAGGAAGCUGGAGGAGUUCCGACAGAAAUCGCUCGAGUGGGAGAAGCAGCGCCUGCGGUACCAGCAGCAGGUGGCAUCGCUGGAGGCUCAGCGCAAGGCUCUGGCAGAGCACUCCGAGCUCGUGCAGACCCAGCUUGCCAAUCGGAAGCAGAUCCUGGACUCGGUGGAGCUGGCCAGCCGCUCGGAAAUCCAGCACUUAACCAGCAAGCUGGAGAGGGCCAAUGACACCAUCAGUGCCAACGAGCUGGAGGUGGAGAGGCUGAACAUGAGAGUGGAUGACCUGAGCGAGAACAACCGCCAGAUUCUGGCAGAUCAGCAGAGAGUGCAAGAGGAAUUAAGGCAGUCCAAGAAAAUGGUAGAGGUGCUGCAGGAUGAGAAGAGGGAACUGAAAGCCACCUUGCAGUCUCAAGAGGAUUUCAUUGACAGCUCCAAGCUGCAGCAGGAACAGUUACAGAAAGAGCUGGCCAGGAUGACUGAAACUCUUCACACAAAGGAAUUCCUCAUCAGGGCCCUGGAGGAACGCUUGCAAGGGAAGCAGUUGUCCUCUCCAGAGCUGGAGCACGUGCUGCUGCAGCUGGAUGCUGCCCAGAAGAAGGAACAGCACUUGCAGUCGGAGGUGACUCGUCUGGAGAACAGCCUGGUGUCUUCAAAUGCCAGGUGUGUGCAGCUGAGGGAGGAGCUGGGUGAGAAUAUCAAAGAGCUGCAGUCCAUGGUAGACCACCAGACUGAGUCAAAGGCGGAGAUUAAAAAGCUGAAAGAGCAGCUCUCUCACGCUGAACAAACACACAGCAGUGAGCUGGAAGGGAUGAAAAGGGAGAUCUCCAGGCUGACACAGGAGCUGCACCAGCGGGACAUCACCAUUGCAUCGGCAAGUGACUCCACGUCAGACCUGGAACAGCAGCUGAGGGCGGAGGUUGAAAGAGCAGAGAGGAAAGCAGUGGAGCACAGGGUAGUUCUGGUCCAGCUGGAAACCUUGAGGUUGGAAAACCGUCAUCUCUCAGAGAAGCUGGAAAAAACCAAGUGUGGUGUGCUGGAGGGAAAAGAUGUGACCCUGAGAGCCCUCAGGGAAGACUGUGCUGUCGAGCUGCACAGGCUGAAGUCUGAGAACCAGCAGCUGCGGAAGGACCUUGCGGAGAUCAGGGCGAAGCUGGAGGUCAGUGCGCGGCUCUGCCCGGAUGAACCCCAGGGCACUGCCCAGCAGGAGCCAGGCAAAGAGCCCCAGGCCAGGGCUGUGCAGCACAGGACAGCUCGGGAAGCACAGCACAUGCAGGAUGAACAAGCAGCCAGGAUACAUCUCCAGCCUGAUGGGACUGCUCAGCAUCAUCAUGGGAAGCCCCAGAAAUGUGGGGCUGCUGAAACGGGACCUGUGCCCCCUGAGAUGGGUGAGCCACCCUCCCAGACCAGCAGGAAGAACUGCCAGGAGUCACCUGCCUUGCUGGGAGCAGAGCCUUUGCUCCAUGUGGUGGAUGGAAACAAAGAUUUUGCAGAUGAAGCAUCCAAGCAACCUGUCUCGAAUCAUCAGAGAGAAUCUGUGCCUUUGUGCCCCUUGCCUACAGCUUCUGUUGGAUCAAUAGCUGCAAGAUACCUGGAAGAGGAAGAAGUGAGAUCCCAGCACAUCCUGGAAUGUCUGAACGCUCACAUUGAGGAACUGAAAAAAGAGAGUGCAAAGAUAGUGAGACGGUUUGAACACCAGGAGUGAUGUUUCUUGUGGAAUUGGAAUGCUGGAAUAUGUGGUUCCAGACUGUGACUGGGGUGGUGCCUAUAAAUCACUUGCCAUCAGAAUUUGAGAGGCCGUGUCUCCUACUUGGAGCUGAAUCAGCAGGAUGGGAGCUGAGGGAAAGGAACUCUCUAACAUGUUUGUUCUGAUGAAAGGUGUUACACCACAAAUAUUUUAGUCAGCUUGGUAGGUCAGAGACCUGCAUCAGAGCUCACAAAGACUUUGGUGUUUUUAAGAAGCAAAUCACUUGCUAAUUUUUAUGUAAAGUAUUUAAAGUAUAUUUUAUACAUGUAAAAACACUGAAAUAAACAGAAUGA